UGAAGAUUCAGGGUUUUCUUUUCUUUUUUUUCCUGAAGCCACUGAAGUUGGAGGGAAAGUGCCAUGUGGUGAGCUCAGAUGUGUGCACAUGGCUUCUCUCAUUUCGAAGUUUUGAGACUGUAAAUCAAUACAGUGAAAACAUGGGUUUUGUGGAUUUCAAGAGAAUCAGUUGCAGUAGGGAGAAAAACAACCCAGAAAUUUAGUCCUACUUUGCACAGUCCAGUUUUGUAAUCCAAAAACACAAUGUUCUUUACAUCCAACUUGCUUCCUCUUUGCAAACCACUUUAGGUGUUACCUCCCUCAUAUCCUUAAGCAGAAUACAGGCAAACUGGCAAAGUUGGUUUCCUUCUUCUUGCCUUUUUGGUACUGCUAUUUAUUUGAACUGGCGAUCAUAUAUAUGUCCUACAAAAUCCCCCUUCCCUUUUUACGGGUAUGAUUCCUGUGGAUCUGUAUUUUUUUUGUUCAAACGCAAGAAAUCAGUAGGAAAAAUGGAAGUUUGAGACUGCCAAGUUCUUCUUUCUUCUGCAUAUACCCUUCAUUCUCACUUACAGUCUAUACUCAAGUCAGGUGUUACAUCAGUUCUGCUUGCUUUUUUUAGCCUUUUUCAUAAUUUGAUUUUCUAGUAAUAUAAUCUUUACUCCUUCUGCUUCUAUCUUCUCUGAUCUCACUUGCUGAUCUUCCUAGCCAGUGGAAGGAAUAGGAUAUUUUCCCCUUGUAUAGUUCUUUUUGUCAGGUUAUUACUUACUGAUAUAAGAGCCUUUUUCUAGUCCAUGGAGUUGGAAAAUAUAGUUGAGGAUCAGCACCAGAUGGCUUCUUUUUUUCUCCUCAACAACCCACUGUCAUGGAUUGUUUUUCUUGCCCCACUGAUCACAUUUGCUACUUUUUUUAUCUUCGGGUCCUUAUCCAUCCUCUUCACAUCUACAGUCUUGAUAUUGUCAACCCUUCUGUUCAUAUUUUCUAAAAGAAAACCGAAGUUGGUGGAGAAAUCAGUUAAAGAAGAGAUUCGCAAAUCUGUUCAUGAAAGCUCCCCUCAAAUAGAAGAUAUUUUGGCAUCAAAACAACAGCAUGAAAGUGAAAUUAAUACACAUAAAAAACAAGCCUCAGAAGGCCGGGAAGGUGGUUCAUAUCAGAUGCAUGACUACAUUGUCAGAUCACCAGAUGUCAUGUCCGAAAAUGAAUGUGUUGAUCAGUUGUCAACCACUGAGGAUUCUGAAAUGGACUGGCCGUUUCGAGACAACAUGGAUCAAAGCCUAGAUUACUCCGAUGGAUCGAUAUCUGACGAGGAUAGCCUUAUUGAAAUCUCCCUUCCUGGAGGACAUUAUGUUAGUCACGAGGAACACGAGCCUACUAAGUGUAGUAUGCAGCAGAAACUGCCAGACUUCAUGCCUGAAUCCAUUUUCCAGCAACGGAGUCUAAUGGAGCUCCUAGCAGAGCUCAAUGACAUGAAUGAGGACAACCUGAUUGAGAUUGACAUAUCCAUGGGCUCCAUCAAGUGUUCAAGGUUUGAGAUUGAAGCUUAAGAUCAUGAUCUUUUGCGUUUUUACUUCAAGUGUUUUUAAGUUUUUUUGAUCCAUCUGGAUUUGCUGUAACUUUUCAAAUUUAGAAAUCUAAUAUUCCAGCAAUAUUCUAUAUAUGCUGCCACAUUUUCAUAAAUUUAUUUAUCAUGGUCCUUCAGCUUUGGAUACCCCCAUAAAGCACUUGUACUAGAUGACCCUUUAUGUUCUCUUAAUGCUCAUUAAAGGUAUCAAAAGUUCACAGGCCAUGGCCAAUUUGAUGGACAUCCACUUUCAUUCUUUUCCCCUUAUCUUCCUUUUCUUGUACAUUUACAUCUAAUAUCUUUGAUCUUAACAUUUGUGGGUCCCUAGAGAAAAUUAAGCUAAAACUAUACCAUGUUAUGUUAGUUAAAGUAGAUUCACUAAAUUAAAACAGUACUGUCAAGCAAAAUUUUAUACAAAUAUCAACUACUUAAUCAAUUCUUUUCAGAUUGGGCCGAUUACCAAAAGGCUAUCUGAAGCUGCUGCUUUAUGUUUUCUUUUGAUCUGUUAACAUUAAAUCAACCCAGAAAUGGCUUUGAGAGGUGUUGUACUUCUAAGGAUCAUAUUGCUAGACCGAACCUGCAGAAAGUGAUCAUGAACAUUAAAAAUGCUCUCUUGGACAUUGUUUAAUUAUUCAAGUUUUUUCAUUAGUGAUUGCUUAAGGAUCGUUCCAAAAGACAAGGUUUCUGUUUUAUAUAUAUUGCAUUAUGAUUAGCGUUAGAUGUUAAUUUGAAAGAAAAUAAGGGCAGAGUAAAAUGGGUGAAAGAAUAAAGCAAGCAGGGUGGAGACAAUUUUACAUCAUGUGUCUUAUUUGAGGUGAAUGAGACCCUUGUCCUUUAUCUUAUUUGAAAAUAGAGAAAAGAAGGAGAUUAAAAGAAGAUUAAAUCAGAGAGCAUAUAGCAGUGAGUUCUUAGGCUGUCAUCAAUUACUCUUGGUUUAGAACCAUUACUAAAAUAACGAAUAUAUUUUUAAGAGGCUUUGUAGUGAAAAUCAAACUGACAUGCUCAGCUACUUUAACUCUACUAUAACAAGAAUAACCCGAGGUUUAGCUUACUUGAUCAUGCAAUCACUUUAAUCCCCUUCUUUAUCAUCAGAUUACGAUCUCCUUUGUUAAAAAAAGUGAAUAAAUAAAAAGUAAACUGUCGAACAAGACAGUAGAAUAAUCUUCUUUAUAUUAUGUGAUGAGAUUCUCCCUUUAUCCCUUUCAUUUGUAAUAAUAUUCUUAUCCAUUGUCUCCAAGAAUUUCUUCUCUAGUUUUAGCCUAUAUAUAUUUCCAAUAUUCCACAACUAUGAUAUGAUGCAUAUCAUUACCUUUUUAUUUUUUUUUCACUCUAUCUUGAUUUAUAUAUGUCUGAGAAAGCAAUAUUCAACAGCUUUCAAUAUUGCAGUACUUUGUAAAGCAAACCGGCUACACUUUAAUUUAUCAAAAACUACACCCUCAAUUUCUGAUCAUGGUAGUUUGGCAAAGGGAUAUCAAGUCUUAAGUCCCAUAUUCAAGUUAAUGUUUCAUAUAAAUCCAACAAUACAAUUCAGAAUGUUGCAAAGUUAAUGCUACUGUGAGCUUUGGCUCACUGAAGGUAAUGUUCCCCUCCAUUGAGGUAAGAGUUUUCAGUUUUAAUGGUUUCAUAACCCAAAUAUACACACCUUUGGAAAAAUCAGCAUAUUCUCUAGUUCCAAUAAAUAUAUAGCGCAAUUGGACUGUGAUUGUUAUUUGUCUUAAAGGAAUAAAGUUGAAGAUGCAAGUCCAAUUUCCUCUUACUUUCUCAUAUAUCCAAUUUCGUUACUUUCAUGUAUAUGUAUAUAGAAAAAAUCAACUUACACGAAUAUAAAAU